AUGUUUUCGGGGCGUCCUUCGGUUGCUCGGCGCCUGGCACCCUGCAGCGAGAAGGAGCCAGACUACUUGCUUGGAUUUGUGCUCACGAUCAUUGCAGGGAUGGCAACCUGCCUGGGUUCUGUGGCCAUCCUUUUUGCCAAGAUGGGUGGCAACCCCAAGAAAGUCACUUCUGCGGCCAUGGGCUUUGCAGCUGGCGUGAUGAUGUGGGUCUCGUUCAUUGACAUCCUUGGGACAGAGGCGGUCCAGUUCUUCGAGCACCAUUUUCAUCCUCCAGACUGCGGCAGUGGAAGACGCCUCAGUGCGGGAGUGGGUGAGGGUGAUGGUGGGGAGGGUGGUGAGACUAUCUGCGUCAGGCUAUGCGUUGCUGGCUUCUUCUUCGUGGGCGUACUCGCUGCGAUUGGGCUCGACAAGUGCGUUGACGCGAUGUUUUCCAAUCAGGAGAACGUGGAGGAGGGAGACUCUGAUUCAAGUGAGGCCUUGAAUCAUCACGACUCACAGAAGGUGUCCUCUCUUGAGCGGAUCUCGUUUGUGACGUUCUUGGCGUUGACGAUACACAACUUCCCCGAGGGUCUUGCAACUUUCUUUGGUGGAGGCACAGGGUCUUUCGCAGUGCCAGUGGCAAUCGCAAUGCACAACAUCCCAGAGGGAAUGGCCAUUGCGGUCCCGUUCUAUCAGUCAAGCGGGUCAGUUUGGGGAGCUGUAAAGAACACGUUCUGGGCCGGCCUCGCGCAGCCCAUCGGGGCAGCUUUUGGCUGGUUCCUCAUCGCUAUCUGCAGGCUCGAAGGCCUACCACCGUUUGUGUAUGGUGCUGUGUACGCCUCGACCGCGGGGGUGAUGGUUUGCGUGUCCAUCAUGGAGUUGUUGCCCGAGGCGUUUGCAGGAGCGACACCCAUAUUCGUGUCUCUGUGGGUCUUUGCGGGGUUUGCGCUGAUGGAGUGCUCGAUCAUCUGCCUGAAUGCAUCGGGGGCAUGA